GAGAACUACUUUUGAAUACUGACAGCUCCUCUUCUGUCCCCAUUCUUAACUGUACUAUUAGGCCUCUCUUCCAUUCUCAAAUCACAUGCUUCUCUCACUCUCUUUGCUUAGCGAGAGAAACAUCUCCUCCCAAAAUUCUUCUCUUCUGCGUUUCGUUAUAUAAUCGGAGAUUUUGAUUAAGAGAAGAUCAAACAAUGGCUGGAUAUGUAGGUGUUUUUGUAUCUGAUCCAUGGUUGCAGAGUCAGUUCACUCAGGUCGAGCUUCGGCGUUUGAAAUCUCACUUCAAUGCGAUGAAGAGAGAAAAUGGAGGUUUGAUGCUCGCAGACUUACCAUCCAAAAUGGCGAGAAUAAAACACGUCGGGGAGAAUCUUACAGAACAAGAAAGAGAGUUGUUUCUGAGAGAUUCCUACAAGAGCUUGGAGGAAGAUGUUGAUUUCGAGCUAUUUCUUCAGGUUUAUUUGAAAAUCCAAGCACAUGCUGCUGCAAGGAUGGGAAAUACUGCAAAGAGUUCAUCAGCUUUUGUGAAGUCAGCAACUUCUACAUUGCUCCACACAAUUAGUGAAUCUGAGAAGGCAUCAUAUGUUGCACACAUUAACAGCUAUCUUGCGGAUGAUGAAUUUUUGAAGAAAUAUCUUCCUAUUGAUCCUUUAACUAAUGAUCUCUUUGAGGUUUCCAAGGAUGGAGUUCUUAUUUGCAAGCUUAUCAAUGUGGCUGUACCUGGAACAAUUGAUGAACGGGCAAUAAACAUGAAGAGAAUGCUGAAUCCUUGGGAAAGGAAUGAAAAUCAUACCUUGUGCCUCAACUCUGCUAAGGCAAUUGGAUGUACUCUAGUGAAUAUUGGCACUCAGGACUUUAUUGAAGGAAGGAGGCAUCUUGUUCUUGGAGUGAUAUCUCAAAUCAUUAAGAUUCAACUAUUGGCAGACCUCAACUUAAAGAAAACACCUCAAUUGUUGGAGUUAAUUGAUGAUAACAAGGAUGCAGAGGAGUUGAUGAGUCUACCUCCAGAAAAAAUCUUGCUCAGAUGGAUGAAUUUUCAAUUGAAGAAAGCUAAAUACGAGAAAAUUGUGACAAACUUCUCAUCUGACAUAAAGGAUGCAGAAGCUUAUGCUCACCUCUUAAAUGUUCUUGCCCCGGAGUACAUUAAUCCUACCACACUCACUUUGAAAGACCAUUUAGAAAGAGCAAAGUUGGUUUUGGCACAUGCGGAUAGGAUGGGUUGCAAAAGAUACUUAACAGCGAAAGAUAUUGUGGAAGGCUCUCCAAAUCUCAACCUUGCAUUUGUGGCGCAUAUUUUUCAGCACAGGAAUGGGCUAUCAACUCAAACAAAGCAAAUAUCCUUUCUGGAGAUUUCACCAGAUGAAGCUCAAAUGUCCAGGGAAGAGAGAGCUUUCCGCUUUUGGAUCAAUAGUCUAGGAAAUUCAUCUUACAUAGACAAUGUUUUUGAAGAUCUCAGAAAUGGAUGGUUGCUUUUAGAGACACUUGACAAGGUAUCUCCUGGAAUUGUUAAUUGGAAAAUUGCUACUAAGCCUCCAAUAAAGAUGCCAUUCAGAAAAGUAGAAAACUGCAACCAAGUUGUGAAGAUCGGGAAGCAGCUGAAGUUUUCUCUUGUAAAUAUUGCUGGAAAUGACAUUGUACAGGGAAAUAAGAAAUUAAUAUUGGCUUACUUGUGGCAGUUAAUGCGAUGUAACAUGCUUCAGCUCUUGAAGAAUUUGAGAUUUCAUUCCAAUGGGAAGGAAAUCACUGAUGCAGAUAUCUUAGAGUGGUCCAACAGCAAAGUAAGAAAUUCAGGAAGCAAGAGUCGGAUGGCUAGUUUUAAGGAUAAGAGUUUGUCAGAUGGCAUCUUUUUCCUCGAGCUGCUUAGUGCUGUACACCCUCGAGCUGUUAACUGGAGUCUUGUUACAAAAGGAGAAACUGAGGAGCAAAAGAAGAUGAACGCAACCUACAUUAUCAGUAUUGCAAGGAAACUUGGAUGUUCAAUAUUUUUGUUACCCGAAGAUCUGAUUGAGGUAAAUCAAAAGAUGAUGCUUACACUCACAGCAAGUAUAAUGUAUUGGCAUUUGAAACAACCAAUGGAGGACCAAACUUGUACAUCUUCAGAUAGUGAUAGUAGCUCAGUGGACACAAUCUCAACCUCAACGUUGGACGAUACCGCUUCUGAGUGUUCAAUGGAUGACAACAGCAACAGAUAACUGGGAAAUUUUUUCAUAGUGUGCUGGAUUUUUUCUCUCCAAAGUUCUUUGUUUUGAUUGAAAUUUUGAAACGUUUAGGGUGUAUGGCUUUGUAAGUAGUCAAUCAGUGUUCUAUUGCAGUUCUAAAAAAAAAGUUAUAUUGUGAAUACAGUUAAGAGAGUUAUUUUUGUGUUGUGCAAGAGAUCUUGUGUAGUAUACCUUGGGUUUUAUAUGUUUACUAGUGAAUUUGUAUGUAAAAGACCUAAAUAAUCUUUUUUAAUAUCCAUGAAAAUAUUAUAGUC